UAAUGUUUUUCAUCUUUUAAGCAAGUUUUAAUUAACAGCUUCAACCAUUUGGAUUCAUCAAGAGCCAGCUAAUUUCAUUGCUUGACAUAGUAAAAGCUGAAGCCUAGAUGUAUAUUAUUGAGUUUGUUAGAAUCAAACAGAAUUGUUGUAUAAUACCAGGAAGUAACAUGAUGGAGAACUGAUUAUGUCAUGGUGUGUUCAGUCUUCCUUUUCAGGCACCGUUGAAGGAAAACCAUACAGACAGUCAGCUCUCUUCCAGCUUGCAGAGAUGUGUUUAGCAUCAGAAGCAGGGAAAGUAGACUCAAUAGUGUCUCAGCCCGAUGACAACUGCUCCACAGCAACUCUCAAGCAAAUAUCCAUGAAGCCAGGAGUUAAGGAGGAGAGAGACAACUCUGACUGCUGUAGACCUCCUCAUAGAUCGCCCUCCCCUCCAUCUCCUUCCUCUGGAACAUCCACCCCCACUGUUCAGCAAACAAGCCAAAGUGGAUGUGUCAAAAAGAAGAACAAGAAAUAUGAGGAGGUGAAGUCUAAUGACAUCCCAUGUUCAGAAAAGAGAGUGGGCAUGAAUUGUCAGCACUUUGAAUCAAAUGUGGACAGCACCAUUGAGGCAGUGGCAAGAGGAGCCUGGAUUGACAAAGAGGAUAAAUCCAAGAAGAAGACCCCUCCCAGUCUUAUCAGUAGAAGCUCUGGUCUGCCACAAAAGAAAACUAAGACCAAAGUUAAGAUACUGGUUAAAGCGAAAGAAGAAGAGUUGGAAGACAGCAGCAAGCUGCAGGGGUCCUCUGAAGGGGAGAGAAAGAAAGUAGUGCCUGGCAUUGAGGCCAGGACUGAAGCAGAAAGUGUAGAUGGUGAAACCACAGGCCUUCAAGGCUGCAGGCCAGAGUGUCCCCAGCCCAACUGUGGCCAAUCGCCAGUGAAGCCCAAAGAAGAGGACAAGGAGAAGCACAAGGAGAAAGAACAACAAAAGGCUAGUGACACAACCUGUGAGCUGAACACACACAACCAUGGCUCCAGAAAAUCCGAGCGAAGCUGUAAGGGUGCCUUGUACAAAACUCUUGUGUCUGAGGGAAUGCUAACUUCAUUGAGAGCCAAUAUAGACAGAGGUAAAAGAGGUGCUUUCCGCGCAUUUGAUCAUGAUUCUAACUGGAGUCAGGACAGCUGGACAGUUUCACACGUGGGACCAAGUAAUACCAAGAAGCUAAAAAAGUCCAAGUCCAAAGAAGAGUCUUUACAGAGCCUGGGAAAACUAGAAGAGGAGUUUGAAAAGAAGUUCAACAGCCUGCCACAGUACAGUCCACUUACCUUUGAUAAGAAGGGGACAGCUGUUGCCAAGAAAAAGAAAACUGACUGCUUCUCUAGCAUAGAUGAACCCUCUAAAGCUCCACAAGUGGAACAGAGUAACUGCUGGCAGUUGGAUUCAGUUUCAAAAGCCCAGCCCUCUGCUUCCAUGUUCCCUGACAUCCAUGGUGCCUCCAGCGUGGAGAUGCUGGUUGGCAGCCAGAAGAGGAAGGCUAGGAAGUCCAGGAUUACACACUUGGUGCGCACGGCUGAUGGCAGUGUUUCUGCAGCUGAAGAAAACAAAGCUAGGGAUCUAAAACAGGAACAGGAUAAGAAGCCAUUAAACCAACUGAAUUUAUGCAAUGAAAAAAGGUGCUACAUCAGUCCCACAGCAGAGGAGACUGGGCGGAACACCUUGCCACCAGAGCUACCUGCUUUCUUCAGCUUGGCAGCCCUUGCUGAGGUAGCAGCCAUGGAAAAUGUUCACAGAGGCCAGAGAAGCUUAGCUAAAAGCCAGAAGAAAGAACUUGCACAAACUCCGGUUCUCAUAUCCUGCGCUGAUCAGUGAAGUUAUCCUGCUGCUUCUGGAAGAAGAUGACAUGAACAAUAGUAGUGAAGCUUUGCUUUUCUGAGAGGUCAUUUGUUUGGACGGCUCGGACAAACUCCAGACUCUGAUUUUGCUUGAAUCUAAUAUAUGGGGAAAGAAACCCUCUCCUUUUCUCCAGCUUGCCCCUCUGUUGGUGUCUCAGUGUUUCAUCCUGAGCCUUUGUUAGGCUUUAGGGAGAAUACUUUUCUCAAAGUAUAGCUUUGUGUCUUCAAUGGAUGAUGUACUUGACACUCAGUGAAUUCCCUACAGUAAGUGGUGGUUAGUACAGUCCAGUUGUUGAGAAACAAGUAGAGUAGGUAAGGUGGACUUUCAGGUAGACUGUUUUCUCAAGCGCACUAGCUGCUUUGAGAAAAAUGGUCACAAGAACAUUUGAACUGUUGAUCUGUUGCCGAGCAGCAGGUCAACAGCUCCUGUGUUAUGCAAACUAAAAUCAUCCCUUUGUCAAUAGUUUUUAGAUAUAAAGGGGGCCAUUUAUAUACUUCCAUCACAGUUCCACAUACAUCACAACUUGAAGAGAGAUGGGGUCUUAACUUUUGGAAGGAGCUUUAUGAAUUGCUUUCUUGGUUUUCAGUAUCUCUGCUGUAGUGAUCAGAAGAUCCUCAGCUUGGGCAGAAAGGAGGAUUUGAGGAUUUGGUUCAUCUGUCAGGAAUUCUCAGUGAUCCUCCAAUUAAUGCAAGCUCUCGCUGCUGUGUACCGCAGUGACAUGGAUCACUCCCAACAGCCACAUGCACAAAAGAUUCAUCUACACUGAUGUGUUCCAUAUGUAUGGAAAUGAAAACAUCAACAAUGGCACGUUUUGUGGCUGCAGUCACUAUGUACUGUUUAGCACCGCCACCGAAAAGAAACACCGUCUAUAUUUACACCUGAUUAGUCUGUGCAA